UUCCAUGACAACAUCAGUUGAAUUUUUCUUGUGUUGACAACUUGUGUAUAUUGUUACUUUUUUUUUUUAUUAAUUUAAUAAUGUUUAAUAAUAAAAAAUUAAUUGUCAUCAGUUUAUUUUUAACAAAUAUUGUUACAUGUUUUUGUAAUAAUAUCGAGUUAGACGUUAAUGGAUAUAUUGCAUAUUGUCCCUGCAUGGGUCGAUUUGGAAAUCAAGCGGAUCAUUUUUUAGGUGCGUUAGGUUUUGCGAAAUCUUUAAAUCGCACUUUAAUUUUACCCGCAUGGGUUGAAUAUCGAAUAGGAGAACUCAGAUCGUUACAAGUUCCAUUUGAUACUUAUUUUAAUGUGACGCAUCUGAAAACUUGCCAUAAGGUCAUAUUAAUGGAAGAAUUUAUGAAAGAAAUUGCUUCAAAUGUUUGGCCAUCGGAAUAUAGAAUAGCUUUUUGUUAUUCGCCACGGGGAAAUACGACAAAUUGCAAUCCAAAGGAAGGAAAUCCCUUUGGUCCAUUUUGGGAUACAUAUAAUAUUGAUUUCGUUGAUUCGGAAUUUUAUGGACCAAUGCAUUACGAUAUGUAUCAUGGCGAUAUGGCGAAUCAAUGGAAGAAAAAAUAUCCCGUUGUUACGUGGCCAGUUCUUGCAUUUACGGGAGCACCAGCAACAUUUCCUGUUCAACUAGAGAAUAAAUAUUUACAAAAAUGUUUACAAUGGACUGAUGAUAUUUCCGAGAGAGCGAAAAAUUUUAUUAAACAAAAACUCCCAGCCGGUGCAUUUAUUGGAAUACAUUUACGUAAUGGAAUUGAUUGGGUCAGAGCAUGCGAAUUUACAUCAAGUAGUCCAAAUCUUUUCGCUGCUCCCCAAUGUUUAGGUUAUAGAAAUGAACGUGGAAAAGCAACAUCAACAAUGUGUUUUCCACCUCUGGAAAUUAUUUUACGUCAUAUUAAACGUGUAAUUCGCAAUGACAAUAAUAUUAAAUCAAUAUUUGUUGCAUCUGAUAAUAAUUACAUGAUCAACGAAUUAAAUAUUGCUCUAGCCAGAAUGGAGGUUCGAGCGUUUAGACAAGAAGAACCUGUGUCUUCGCAUUUAGAUCUUGCAAUUCUUGGAAAAGCAAAUUAUUUUAUUGGCAAUUGCAUAUCAACAUUUUCCGCUUUUGUAGCACGCGAACGUGAUGUUAAAGGUCUUCCCACAUUUUUUUGGGGAUUCCCACCAGAAAAAGGAAGUGCCAUUUCUAAUAAUCAUGAGGAACUGUAAAACUUGACUAGUCAAAUUUCAUGUAAAAAGCAUAUCAUUAAUAUUUAUUCAAACAAAGCAACAAAACAAUGAGAUUAUUUUUUUUUUAUAACAAAGAUUUUUAUACGAAAAAAAAUAUAAAUAAGAAUAAUUUGUAUUUUUAAUUUAUAAAUAUUUUUUACGAAGAACAA